AAAUAUAUUAAAAUUGAAAUAUAUAUUUAUAUAUACCUAUUACUACUCACCUUUAUCAACAAAUAGAAUGGCAUCAAAUUUAAAAACUUCGGAUACAGAAAAAUUAAAUAUGGGAAUGAAAUCAAUUUUAAGUGAAUUUGAAGUCAGUUGUGAUAAAGCCAAACAAUUGAAAGACAACAAAGAGUUAUACAAUCAAAUGAAAUAUACUGUCAAAAAGUUAUCAAUUGAAGGAGAAAGCCAUGAUUAUGCUACACAACUUUCAAAUUUCAAGGAAGCUUUGAAAAAUGAACAAUUGUUUUACUUUAAUAAGACUGGAAUUUCUCAAAACUUUUUAUCAAAAGAUGUCCAGUUAGAAUCUGCGGCAAAAAUCCUACAAGAAACCGGCUAUACAGCGGAACCUAUCAAUAUUAAGCCAAUUGAAAGUAUACAGACUGUAGACAACUGUGAUGAAAUCGUGAAGUUGGUCAAAAAAAUAACAGACAUUGAAAAGAAACAAGAAGAAAUUUGUUCAGAAACUUCUGAAUUAAAAUCUGAACAGAAAAAAAUGUACCAUGGAUUACCACCAAAUAUGGAUCAAGCAAUGAUGGCAGUACAAAUAGCAGAGCAAGCAAUGAAGGCUAUAACUAAAAAAUUAAUGGAAAAACUUUAGAAAGUAUAAUUUUGUAACUGAUUAUCUUCAACACAAUGUAUCAAAAAUAUUGUUAUUUUUAUUACUUACUAUUGUUGUAAUAAUUUAUAUAUAAACUGUAUUUAUGUGAAACCGGAUUUCAUAACAUAAUAAUUAAUUUUAAUUUAUACCAUUUUUUAUAUGCUUUUAUUAUU